AUGAUUUCAAAGGAUCGUCAGUAACGACGAUCUGCCGGACACUCGAUCUGUAUUAUCCAUUGGCGAUCCUUGCGUUCAGGAACUGGGAGACCUCACGAGCCCAAGACAGACGGGGUCGGUGGGCGCAGAGCAAGCAUGUCAUCAAUGUGGCUCCACCUGUGCCCAUAUUAGAACGGGCACUCGAAGAGUGGGUCCCUCCAAGACUAUCGCACCAGUCCGAAGCUGUCGUCCAGAGGCAGAGCGGUCGGAGAAGACGAUUGGGACCUGUCCGGCGCGACGACGAGCGCAGUGUCUGCCAAGCUCGGACCUCAGCCCGUGGAGCAAGUACGGACCGCCAAGCCAAGGCCAAGGCUCAGCAAGGCCGCUUACCUUAUCUUCGGACUCCGCGCGAAGGAAAGGCUCUGCAGAAAAAGCGAAAGAGGCCGUGUCUAUCGAGAGCACCACCGUCGACAUCAUCCUGCAGCCGUACUGUGUAGCCCGACCGAUCUGCAAGGAUGCUACGACACUAUGCGUCUUUCCAGGACAGCGAUGGGUCUGAUGUCUGUGCAAGGCCAGCUCAGAGUUUGCCUCCCACGUUCGAUCGACGAGCGUCACUGCCGGGCUCCUUUGGCUCGAUGGCAUGUCAGCACAAUCUAGGAGCCACAUCGUAUGCCGGCACGACUGCAGAUCCCACUAUACCAAUGGCAUCGCACGCCGUGGGCGCCUUUGGACCCACCUCGCUACAGCUCAAGUGGAACAAUUACCCUGGCCCGGAUCCCACUUCGAGCUUGCCAGUCCGAAAUCACUUUCGAUCCAGAACGCAGCCAAAUUCUAUACAAUUGGGUCACACAGUCUCUGCCUCCCCCACGCCAGCCAGACAGUCCUUGCACGGCCGAUCGACCAGUCUGAGCGACCUGACCGCCAUCGGCCGUAGUGGCGCCAACUCACCCUACAGUGGCAGCAGCUCGCCCUACCAUGGUCACAACAGCGGCUCGCCUUAUCAGCAUCCUCAGGAUAAGAUGACAUCCUCGAUCUAUCAGCAAUCGCGCUUCACCCAGUCUCGAACGUCAUGGCCCAUGUACCCGAUACUCUCACCGCCCCUCGAGAAUGAUGGCAUGCUCUCACCCCCCGCGGACAGCCAUAUGCACCCAGGAGCGACGCCGAGCUACUUCGACCUGCCCCCAACGGCACCCAGCAGCGAGAUAGCUGCCGGCGUGUCCGACCUUGCACUGCCACCUAUCACGCAGCCUGCGAGUACGUACUUCAGCUACGAUAGUAAGCAGCCAGACGUGGAGGUAGCGCCCGAACCGCAACAGGAUCGUCCCUUCAAAUGCGACGAAUGCGCUCAGUCAUUCAAUCGUAACCAUGACUUGAAGCGUCACAAGCGCAUACAUCUUGCCGUCAAGCCGUUUCCCUGCGCAUACUGCGACAAGUCCUUCAGCCGUCGAGAUGCUCUAAAGCGACACCUACUCGUGCGUAGCUGCAAUAAGGCCCUUCGUCAAGCACAGCCCGAGGCUUCUGGAAGCUCGCCCAACAAAUCAGAAUCGGACUCCGUCUCGCCGCCCCAGAUGGCAUCGACAUCGCCCGCUACGACGCUGUCGCCAUCAUUUGCGGGCACUUCGCCGCAGUUACUCACACGAGAAGCGCUCACGGGUGAUCUGAGCCUCGACGAGAUCCCCCCAUCGGCGACUGACUCGAGCAUGUCUGAGUCAGUUACCGGAAGGCCAUACAUCUUACCACAUCAAUUGAGCAAUAGGUCGAUAUCUGCCUCGUCAUCACACGACUCGUACGGCGAAACGCCUGGCAUGACGUCGACACCCUCACUCAUCUCUUUGCAGAGUCACGGCUCUGUCGGAUCUCUACAGUCUCUAUACGAUCCAGCGAUGGCAGGCACCGCUGCUUAUGCGCGACCGAGGCAAAGCAGCGCCAACGCAAAGCGGUUCGCGCCUUAUUCGCCCGCGCUCGGCAUGAGUGCCUUGUCGCUUAGCCAGGCCGAUCCCUCACUACCCACACAUGACCUCUAUGCACCUGACAGUUACACAGAUACCAGCACAUUCACUGCGAGUCUUGCGGAUCUGGACAUCAACGCCGAUCCUCUCUUGCACUACACUCACAACCUCAACCUCGAACCCAGCUUUGACGACUUCGCGACCUUUGAUGUUCUGGAGUGACUCGCUCCGCUUGCUUGAUGGACACUGACGCUGAUUGAUGUUGAAAAAUUUUCUGCAUUUUACGUUGUAGCAUUCGAGUCACAAUGCAAUCUACUUGCGUAGCCUACUUGCUCUCGCU